AUGGCAAAAUUAGUACAUAAUGUUCAAAAGAAACAGCACAAGGAAAGGUCCCAAAGAGAUAGUAGAGCCAAGUAUGGUUUACUUGAGAAAAAGAAAGACUAUAGGUUAAGGGCGGCUGAUUAUCAUAAGAAACAAGCAGCAUUAAAAGCAUUAAAAGAAAAAAUCAAAACGCAUAAUCCUGACGAAUAUUAUCAUGCUAUGACGAAAAAGAAAACGGAUGAUAGGGGGAUUCUUAUAUCAGAUAGGGACAGCGAAGUUUUAAGUGUUGAUCAAGUUAAAUUAUUGAAAACUCAAGAUAUAAAUUACAUACGAACGAUGAGAUUAAACGAAAUGAACAAAAUUGAGAAAGAGCAAAAGGAUUUAUUAUUCGAAGGAUCAGGUAAACAUACGAUCUUUGUUGAUUCUAGUGAGGAGCAACAAAAUUUCAAGCCAGAGGAAUAUUUCAACACAGAUGAAUCAUUACUACAUAACAGACAAAAUAGACUUAGAAUAGAUCAAUUACGUUCAAGCUCAGGAGUAGUUAAAACAAAUGAUAUAGAUUCCAAAUUGAAGGAUAAACUUGAUAAUAAAAAAUUAAAACAAUUUAAACAAUUACAAAGAAGAAUAGCUAAAGAAAAGGAGAUACGAGAUGUUGAACAAAUAAUGAGUUCAAACUUGGAGAAAAUGAAAAAUGGUAGUAAGAAAAAAGUUGUUGGACCCGAUGGUAAAAUACAUUUUAAAUGGAAAAAUGAAAGGAAAAGGUAA